UCUCUCUCCCUGGACCCACUCCUCACUCCCGGCCUGUCGCUCCCGGACUCGUUGCCGGCACUCAUCCCCCCUCCAUUCCUCUCAUCACCGACAACUGUGCGAUCCCUCAUUCCUUGCACCAUUCUACCUCACCCUCUUCUGAAUUAAAAUAAUCUGCCUGCCUAAUUUGGUCCUCGCCCUCGUAAACAUGCCUUCAUUCUUUGUCCGAGCCCUGAAGCUGAACCGCUUCCAACCCAACAGGAUCGUCACCUCGCACCUCGUCAGUCCAAUGACACUUGCGAUCGUCCGAGGCAUAGAGUUCCUCUAUACCUUCGUUACCUCGAUCAUUGUCUGGGCCACCACAAAAGCAGCGGUGGAUUACUUCCAAUACUUUACGCACUUGUCCUACUUUGGCCUCAUGGCAUACCUGUUCGCUUCGACUGUUUGGAGUACAUUAUACCUGCGUCGACCAGAAUCCGAGCGUGCAAAAUGGCUCAGGAGUGGAUCGCCUUGGUGGGGCUACACCCAUUGGCUGUUUUAUUCAACCGUCGUGACCUACGCAGUGGUUAUUCCGAUCGUCUUUUGGUCAUACCUUGCAUGGGACAGAGCCAGUUGGACACGGAUGGAGUACUUCCGGAACAUCAGUGUACAUGCCUUGAAUGGAGUCUUUGGAGCGGUGGUCGAGUUGAUUCUGAACAGGCACUUUUUGCUGCCGGUGCAUUCACUCUUUGUGGCAGCGGUUAUGAUCCUUUAUAUGCUGAUGACAUUUCUUGUAUUCGCAGGACAGGGUACUUGGGUGUACCCAUUCUUGGACUGGAGCCAGGGGCCGAUAGCAGCGGCAUACUACUUUAUAGUCGCGGCUGGACUUUUCGUGAUCUAUUUCAUCCUUUAUUUCCUUCACAAGUACCGUAACAAGUGGCUCGCCAAACGUAGCAUCAAGGUCAAUGGUGAUCUGGACAAGGAAUAUGAGGGACGUGACCAGGACGACGAGAAGGAGAUGGAGGAGGGUGAAGGCUCCGAGAAUGCAGUAUAGAGACUAUAAUAACGAUCCAAGGAUAUUCAUAAAUAACAAUGCCUGCGCAGGUCGCCAGGAA